GUUUACUGCACAAUAUUGUGGGGAACUCCCUACAAAGCUUGUAGGGCUUUGACUUCAAAACUCUAGGUCAGUAGAUAUAUAUGAGCAGUUAGUUGUUGUGUCAAGUUCUUCUAUAACAUAAGAUAAAAGAUGUGGAUAUUGCUUGGUAUCCUGAGCCUGUUGGCCAUGGUUAACGGACAGGAGGGUGGGCAGUGCUCACCCACCCCACGAAACCUGGAGAUCUUAUACCGAGAAGAAUGCAUUAAGCUGUUAUUGAGAAACACUACUUGUGAAUUUGUUUGGACGAGAUUUACUGAUGCAUUCGCUGGGAUGGACCCCAGCCAAGUAACUCCACAGAGCUACUUUCCCUAUUUUCAGUAUUUUGGAACAUCCAAUAGUUCCGAUACCUCCUUGUUCUGGACUCAAACACCAGAAUUGGUUGAGAUGCUGAGUUGCAUGUGCGCCUCUGGUGCCAACAUCGUGUCCUCGGCUAACGAACCUUCCACUGCGAUCAUUAAUAACAUUGAGAGAAGAGUCAGUGAGGUGGUGAGGUGGUGUGGGACCACCAGCGGCAACAGUACAGAUGGUAUAGAGUACAACAUGUCCUGCCCGUGCAGUGUUGCCUUCGAUUUCUUCGAGCAAUUUUCAGUCUUGUUUGCAAGAGCUGCACAAGGAGUCAUCUUCUUCCUCGGCUAUGGAGAGAAGGUGAAUGGAACGUUCUCUGAGAGCUCUUUUUUUGCGAAGUAUGAGAUUCCCAAUCUGAAUGCAACGGUGGUGACUCGUGUUGUCGUCAUUGUAGUUCACAGGAG